AUGCUCGGGCUUCCCUCAUACCACUCCCUCCUCACGUACUUCAGGCCCUCCUCAAUGACAAUGAUGACAGCCUCCCUGCGAAACUUCCUCUUCCUCCUCCUAGCCCUCCCCAACCCAGGAGCAGCCAGCCCGAAUUUAUUACCCCGCCAAACAAUAACAAACGCAGCCCCACAAAUCUGCAACAACUCUCCGGACCUCUGCUCCCGCACCUACACCAACAUAACUCACCUUGGAGCCCACAACAGCGCCUUCGUCCGCGACGCUUCUACUGGCAACUCUAUCGCUGGCAACCAGUUCUACAACGCCACUGUCGCCCUGUCGGCCGGUGUGCGCUUGUUGCAGGCCCAGGUCCACCGCCUCGACGAUGGCACCCUCGAGCUAUGCCACACGCUGUGCUCUUUGAUGGACGCCGGUCCGCUGGAUAAGUGGUUGGAGAAGAUCAGGUACUGGAUGGAUCAGCAUCCAGAUGAUGUCGUCACGCUGCUGUUGGUCAACUCGGAUGAUGCUAGCGUGGAAGAGUUCGGAGCGGCGUUUGAGAAGGCAGGGAUUGCCAAAUACGGGUUUGUGCCGCCUUCGCCGUCAGAGGGGUAUGCAGCAUGGCCGACGCUGGCGGGGAUGAUAGCUGCUGGGACGAGACUGGUCACAUAUAUUGCGUCGAUUACCGCUUCGUCGCAGUAUCCGUAUCUGUUGCCCGAGUUUGACUAUGUCUUUGAGACGCCGUAUAACAUCUUGUCAUUGGAUGGGUUUGGCUGUGAUUUGGAUCGGCCGUCGUCUGCGGGUACGGCGACGAAUGCCAUCAGCAAGGGCAUGCUGCCGUUGUUGAAUCACUUUGCUUAUACCAGCCUGACUUCGGAUAUCCAGAUUCCGGAUGCGUCAGAUGUCAACACCACCAACAGCCCGUCGACCACUACCACAGGCGCUCUGGGCCUUCAUGUCAACAACUGUACAGGUCUUUGGGGGGUCAAGCCGGUGUACUUGCUCGUCGACUUUUAUAAUCGCGGUCCAUCCAUUGAUACUGCGGAUAGGCUGAACGGCAUCCAACCUGUUGGGAGAGAAAAGGAGCCUUCAGGAUCAUCAGCAACGGCAUUGUGGACGCGGUUCUUGAGCGCUCAAGGGUUGGUUGUAUUCAGUGUAUUUUGGGGGCUUGUGUUGUCUGAUAUUUGA